AUGCUGAAAUUCUACGUUGUCACCCACCGGUCGGAGGACUCAGCCUGCUGGCAUUGGGCGUUGACCCUCUCCCCACCGAUCGAGGAUCCAACGUCUGCCGCGAAGUCAACCAUAUGGUAUCAGAUCCUCGACGAUGUAUGCAGUGGUGUCCAAGGCUACAGGCAGGAGUAUGUCAGGUCGUUCGCGCCAACCGAGGUCGUCGCUCGCAUCCUCGUAGGCUGGGUCCCGCCCACCCGCCGACUUGCACUAGAGCGGCUCAUCGCGAGUACGAGGCACCGCAAGGCCGGGACGAGCAGCGAGGAGUGGGUGCGUGCCGUACUGACGCUGCUGCUGUCCACCCCGGGAAAAGUGAUCACAGACGAGCCGGUCGACCCACAUGUGGCCCUUCGUCUACUGGACAAAUUCUCAAAUGAAGUGGUGUGCGGCGUACACCCUUCCCCUGGGACUGGUCUGCCGUUCACGACGUACUACUCGCCAUGA